AUGACAGACAGCCGGACAGACAGAAUUCAGGCUGGGAGCUGUGGGAGGCAGCAUGGAGCAGAGAGGGGCAGCCUGAGGUCAUUUGCCCCAAUCUCUCUUUUUAGUUUCUGUUUUCGAUUAGUUUUGUUAAAAAAAAAGAAAAGAAAUGGAAAGGGAUGGAGGCAGGGAGAGGACUCUGGUUCGAGACUCCUUCCUCACCACAUUCAAGAGGAAAGGACUGCCCAGGAGUGGGGGGAUGCAUUGGGAGAGGGGAGUGAGUCCCCAGGGCAGAUGUGGGGGGCAGCUGGGGGCCCCUUUGCUCUCCUAGCCCUCCCCAUCUAG